AUGGCGCAAACAGUAAGACGUCCCAUCGAAGCAAGGUAUCCAUCCUGCUAUAUACCAAGCAGAAUACAAGAAAGAAGGGCAAAAGCAAGGGCGCUCAGAUUGGAACAACAACGUAAACCGGAAAAGCCUGAAGAUUUUGUAUGCUACUCAGAUAGUGAUAGUGAAGAAGAAACCCCAACUGAGCAACAUAAAACUCUUUGCACAUCAUAUAACUUUGUUGACUAUGUGCGUUCUAGAGAAAUACAAGCUCCUGAGCCUCGAUCGGUGGAUCAGUCGUAUGCUACGCGCCAUAUGCUCACGCACGACAUGUUGCGUGAGACGCCAGUCAACCUUGGCACAGUGAACAAAGUGUUCUGCUCACAGUGGUUAUCCGAUAGACAGAUUGUGUUCGGGACAAAGUGCAAUAAAUUGCUUGUGUAUGAUGUACGGUCUCGGUCACUUGACGCCAUUCCGACGCUCCGUCCUCGCACGCCUUGGCCCGGCGCUGAAUAUCAAACUGGCAUACACGCACUGCAAAUAAACCCGUCUAGAACACUGUUAGCUACUGGUGCGCGUAACUCAUGUGAACUGGCGAUCUAUCGAUUACCCACUUUGGAUCCUGUGUGUGUCGGAGAGGCUCAUAAAGACUGGAUCCUUGACAUGUGUUGGUUAGAUGAUGAAUUCCUAGUAACAGGGUCUCGGGAUUCCAAACUUGCAUUGUGGCGAGCACCUGAUUCACCAAUUACUCAAGCUACCCCUCAACACAAUUAUAUAGCACCACUUGUUACUAGGGAAUGUAAGGCUGGUCAGAAGGUCCGGGCGCUCACCUUCAACCGUCGUUGGCGCGAGAUCGCCGCGCUGACCCUCAACGGGUACAUCCAUGUGUUCAAUGCAGCGACCUUCAGACAAACCCUUUCACGAAAGUUACCUUCUUGUCAGGACCUCGUUUGCCUCGCCACACAAGAAAGCGGUAUAUACGCGAUCGGUUGUAAGUCGUACACGUUACUUCUGGAUUGCCGGACGCUACAGUCUGUUAAGAAGAUAACGUCUCGUUACAACGGUUGUGGGAUACGAUCGGCGACGUUCCGUGGUGACCUACUCACUAUUGGUACUGGACUCGGUCUCCUCAUGUUCUACGACCUUAGAGCCGGCAAAUACCUCGAGAGCAAUAUACAUUCAACAAAAACUGUAGCACUAAGGGCUUCCAGAGGGUAUGUGUUCCCGGACGAAGGAGUGGACGGAUACCAACAAGUGAAAUAUGUACCGGCCAUUUAUACACAUUGCUAUGACGAUAGUGGUACGAGAAUAUUCACAGCCGGUGGGCCUUUACCUGCCCCUCUUAUAGGGAACUACGCUGGCAUAUGGCAAUAA